GAUGCAUAUGCAGACACAAAGCAUGACUGUCUCGGUUGCAUAUGAGGACGCAUCUACAUCGGAUCAUUUACCUUCUAUAUAUAAUCAGCUAAGAAGUUUGGAUUGUGAUAAGAUAUUGAAUUUAUGGAACGAGGAAUAAUGUGGACCAAAUUUCCUGCAUGGCAGGUGUUUUUGUGGUGGCAUCAUUUAUUUCUUUUGUGGAGUACAAUAGAAGGACAGACUCGUUACAGCAUUCCGGAGGAACUGAAACAGGGCUCCAUUGUAGGAAAUCUAGCCAAAGAUCUUGGUCUGGUUGUAUCUGAACUGUACCCACGUAAAUUGCGGAUAACCUCGGACGCUGGUAAGCAGUAUUUAAGCGUGGACUUGGGGAAGGGGAAACUGGUGGUGAUUGAUAGGAUAGAUAGGGAGGAACUGUGUGGACAAAUAGCGUCAUGUGUGUUGCCUUUGGAACUAGUCAUAGAUAACCCUCUACAACUGCAUAGGGUCGAGAUUGAAAUACAGGAUACAAACGACAAUUCUCCUAUUUUUCUCACUCAAAAGAAAGUGUUACAAAUUGCAGAGUUGGCCAAUACUGGCACACGAUUUCCAUUAGAAAGUGCACAGGAUCCCGAUGUUGGCACUAAUUCUGUACGUACUUACCUAAUAAGCAAAAACGACAAUUUCAAAUUGACUGUUAAAAGCCACAAAGACGGUAGAAAAAUCCCUGAACUGGUCCUCGAAAAGCCACUUGAUAGAGAAAAGCUGCCUGUGCACAAUCUUAUCCUCACCGCUGUAGACGGUGGAGAUCCUGUGCGCUCAGGGACAUCUGAAAUUACAGUUAUAGUACUGGACAACAAUGAUAAUGCGCCUGUGUUUGAAAAACAGGUGUAUGAAUUUAAUGUCAGCGAAAAGGCAACACCUGGAACUGAAAUACUGCAGGUUAAAGCUACAGAUGCAGACGAAGGACUAAAUGGAGUAAUCGAAUAUGUGUUUGCAGAGCAAACUACAGAUCUGAUUUUAUCAUUAUUUAACAUUGAACCCUCAACUGGAGUUAUUGUUGUCAAAGGAAUUUUAGACCAUGAAACUAAGUCUUUACAUAGAUUUGACGUCACUGCUAAAGAUAAAGGCAACCCUAAGAUGGAUGGCCAUUGUGGCGUCGAAAUUAAAAUAGUUGACAUGAACGACAAUAUUCCUGAAAUAAUUGUAACUUCUCUAACAACACCUAUUCCAGAAGACUCUGCAAUUGGAACCGUAAUUGCGCUGUUAAGUGCAAAAGACCCAGAUUCUGGUGACAAUGGUAAAAUUAAGUUAAGCGUGUCUUCGAAAUCACCCUUCAAGUUAAAUCCUUCGGUGUCUAAUCAUUACUCAUUAGUGACAAAUCGGCCCCUUGACCGUGAAACAAAUAGCCAGUAUAGUGUCAAGAUCAUUGCUACUGAUUCUGGAAAGCCCCCAUUAUCGAGUGAACAAAUUAUAUUUGUUAAAUUGUUAGAUGUAAAUGACAACCCACCAGUGUUCUCUCAGCCUUCUUAUGCCGUAUAUGUAAAAGAGAACUAUGCUCCGGGGAACAUUUUGUCCUCAGUAUCAGCGUCUGAUCUGGAUUUUGGUGAAAACGCCAAAGUCUCUUACUCCAUCCUGGACUCUAAAGUUCAGGACGUUUCUGUCUCGUCUUAUGUUUACAUUAACUCAGAU